AUGACGACUUUAAUAUUUCGUUUUGUCAGUCGACGGUGUUUUUCUCUCUACCAUACCGAAACUUUCAAAUCAACUAUUCCAAAACCAAAGUUAACUGAAGAACGACAAAUAACAGCGUUUAGAGAAUAUAUUGAUCAAAAAAGUAUUGUUAUACCAAUUAAUAAAGAUUUAUAUUCAUCUAAUACAUCCACACAUACCGGACAAGUUUAUGAUAGUGAUGAUUAUCGUAAUGCAAGAUUUCUCAACAAAGGAAAACUUGUAAAUUCACGAUUUGCCAUUGAUUUAAUUGCACAAGAUCCUGUUGUUGUUUGUAAAACAAAAGGAGUAUGGUCUGAUUCUAGUGGACCAUUAGGACAUCCGAAAGUUUAUAUUAAUUUGGAUAAACCAGAUGUACAUAGUUGCGGUUAUAGUGGCCGUAAAUUUAUCCAAACAAAAUAUUAUGAUAAAAGUAAACAUGGUCCAAGUAUAACCUAUGACCAAUAUGUACAGGAAGUUCGAAAUGAAGCAGAUUAUUACUAUGAUGCCGCGAGAGAUCAAGAUUAUCACUGA